UUGCCUUGCCCCUCAAAAUGGGAGUAGGGCAGCCAGGCAAGUCUGUAAGGGUUUACAUUUAUUUGACCUUGUCUGAUUUUGUCAACCAAGGAAAUGUUUGUGAUUUAUCCAAUUUUUCCAGCAGCAUAGCCCAUAGUCAUGCCUCUUGAUGUGUUCCUUCACUUCAGUCAAUCCUCGCAGUAAUGACAUGGAAUGAACUGCAUGUAAUCCUGCAUUAGUUCUGAGUGUGUGUCGUUCUGUAAGUAAACACUAGGGAGAGCACUUUUGCAUAGAUUCUUCACGCCGUUCUAUGGCUCAAAAGUUCAAUGCAACAUGACUCGAUCAAAUGGUUAUCAGUUAAGUUUACCUUUUUGUGGUACAUGUGAAUAUUUGGCUCUGUACAGUUUAAUUUUGCGUCUGAAUAUUACUGAAGUCCAGCUGAAAUGUAAUUUGUGCACAAAUUCAAAAGCACUCCAUUGUAGAUUCCAAGGUAAACUAUGUCAGAAGCGGUCCAACAAAAUCAGAGUUGUGUUUAAGACUCUGCACUCGAUGCCCGCUUUGUUUGUUGUGUAUAUGCUGUGCACUGCUGCAGCAAGACUAUUAAAGGAGUUUAAAUCAGAUAUCUAGUGUUUUGUAGCUCUGAAUUGAGUUGGCUUCUGUCACACGAAGAGUGGUCUUGCCCCCCGUGUCCAGUCGUGUUUGUGGCGGAUGUGGUGAUAUUGUUCAGUUAGCAACAGGAAGCCUUUGAGCGCCGCGGCGCUCUGUCUGCGCUUGAGAAGCUCGCUUUUUCACUGCAGUCUGGUGGUAUGUGGAAGGACCGCUGAAGGCUGCGACAGUUCAGGUAACCAGCGCUGACCGUUCUUCCUCCACGAAAGGGCGUGUGAACUGCUGAAUAGAGGUUCCUGGCAUAGCGGCUCAUUACCGAGGUGCUGCCUGCCAAAUCCCGUGAGCCACGUUAAAAGCCUUAAUCUUAUAAAGGGAUCAGUACAGUGAUGAAGCAGCAGGAGGUGUUCUUGGCCCUUGCCUCACUACUCCCCCUUGUGGUCAUAUUGGUAAAGUGUAUCUGCUGCUGGCCGAAAUCCAAAAUAAUAAAGGAAGAAAACACAGUUUACGAAGAGCAUUUACCUGAAGGUCGGAGAUUUACUGUAGUCAGAUCCAAAACAGUGACAAGACCCAAUCAGAUGACGAGAGAGACCCCGCCUUCACCUGCACAGGCAGCAUCCUCUUCAGAACUACGCAAUGGAGGAGCAGAUGAACAGCCAAAUUAUGAAAACAUAGUCAUCGUUGUGAAUGACAACUGUGAACCAACGUAUGUGGCUCCUAUUGGAACAUCGCCCUAUGAAAAUGAUGACGAUUAUGAAAAUGUGUUUGCCUGCAACACCAUGCAUAGAAAAAGCAGUCUGGAAUCAGUGGAAUCGCAGGAUUAUGAGAACGCGGAAUAUCUUGGUGCCUUGGCAAAAGAAAAAAAAAUGCAUGAAACUCCUCCCGACUGUGAAGAAUCAGAUUACAUCAACGCGUGUCCAGUCGCUGGAAAAGCCCAGGCUAUCCCAGCCCAUCUUGCAAGAGCACCUGGACCGAAGCCCAGUCACAGAAAAUGAGAGGGAACUCCACUAGCUCCUGAUCCAGGUGAACAAAGGGCUUCAUGUUGCCUAAUCCAUGACCACCGGACAAGAUCAAUGCGAGAAUUGGGACAACAAUGUAUUAUGUAACAGUUUGACACUUUCAGCUGUUGCAUCACAUUGUGAAACGGCUGGCGACCGGCUGGCCUGUUUCUCAACACUUCCACCCUUACCAUGCUGUUGCGCUACGCUUGUGAAGUGGGUUUGGAAUUUCACCAACCCUCACUUAAGACAGUGAAACACAUGCAGCACAGCUUCUGUCAUCUUGUUUAAUUCAAACUUCCACCCAGUUGCUCUUGGUAAUGCUGCUGGCAGAGAGAGGUUCAUGUUUUACAGACGGGGUCCCAAGACCUGCUGGGGGUGAGUCUACACUGUGGAGGAAGGAUAAAACGGACCACAAUGGAAAUCUGAAAACCUGUUUAACUAAACCAACAAAUUAAAACCCAGGUAUCCAGAGGUGAUAGGGCUGUGAAUGAAGCCACUGCACAACCUAGCCACCACAGUGUAUCCAGAAUAACCUAUAAACUAUGAAGCUGCUCCAUUAAAAUAGGAUUUUACAUAUUUUACACAAUGGGGCUAUUUAUCUUAAUACUGCAGUUCCGUCCCUGUGUUGUUUUAUACAGUUGUAUGUACGAUGUUGGCUGAGGGUGCCAUAACAUGUUUCUUUUUUUUAUUAUCAAAUGUUCUGCCAUCUGUUUUCAUAUUGUACUACAUUAAUUUUAAAAUUAGGAAAAGAAAAACUAAACAAAAAG